CUCGUGUCGCACCACAUCCAGCGUCCCACGGCCUACCACCGCCCACCGAUCGAAAACACAACAAAUUCCAGCGCAAACCCGGGGGGACGCGCACAAAGCCACACCCACACGUGCCGCAUAGACCAUCGCGGACCAAAGGAAACUGAGAGGUCGUCGUCGUCGUUUGCUCCGGGAUCGAGAUGACGGAGGCGGGCGGCGAGCGCAGGAUCGGCGUGGCCAUGGACUUCUCGCCGAGCAGCAAGAAGGCGCUGCAGUGGGCGGCCGACAACCUCCUCCGCAAGGGCGACACCCUCGUCCUCCUCCACAUCCGGCACCACGGCCGCGACGAGGCCAAGAACGUCCUCUGGUCUCACACCGGAUCACCGCUGAUCCCGCUCGAGGAGCUCAUGGAGACGGCGGUGAGGCAGCGCUAUGAUAUACCUUCGGACGAAGAGGUGUUCGACAUGCUCAACGCCGUGUCCCGGGAGAAGGAGCUGUCCGUGGUGCUGAAGAUGUACUGGGGCGAGCCGAGGGAGAAGGUGUGCGAGGCUGUGGGGGAGCUCAAUCUCGAAUCGCUCGUCAUGGGCAGCCGUGGCCUCGGCCAGAUCCAGAGGAUUCUGCUGGGAAGUGUGACUAACUACGUGCUGUCGAAUGCGUCUUGCCCUGUGACCGUCGUCAAGGCAAAGUAGUCGCUACUCUUACAGCAAUGCAAACCUGCAUCCUGGACAGAAACAAUCCAAUGUAUAUUGCGUGUUGUACCCUAACUUGUCACCUAAUAGUACUGCAGUGCUGUUUCAUUUGCAGCUGUAUUGGAGUAUGUCCGUAUAGUUGAAUAAUCCUGGAUGUCUUUGUUUGCUGUUGUACCUGGAAGCUGGAAGCCUGGAAUCGUAAUACAUGUUGUUAGUUCUGAACAUGUUACUGCUAUCUUUAAAAGAAAGACAUUAAUUAGCCCAA